AUUCUCUUAAAUCCCUUAGACCCUGCUGGCGUCUGUUUUGAAGCGUUAAGCUUUGCCUAAACUGACUCACUGCCUGGGUCCCUGAAUCGAUGAUGACGGACAAACUCGACGUCAAUAUCGUGUCUGCAGAGGGCGCCAUUGUCACAGUGAAGCCUUCCAGAACCAUACGUACGGAGAGGAAAAGAAGCGAGGACUGCCAGUCGAAGACACUGGCUCAAUGGUUGUUCGAUCACCAAAUUGGGCUCACCUUAUAUGCCGUCACCCCUCUCCUCAUCGCCCAUCUUUGCAUCCCCGGUGCGCGUCCACACACCUCAAAGUUCCUACGGCUCUCAUACUACAACCCGGCCACGGGCAAGUAUGGAGCGGGACAUGAUGACCUCUACUUCGUCGCAUUCUGUGUCAUGCUCGCCAUCGGCAUCCGCGCGGCCUUUAUGCGACACAUCCUCGCGCCCCUCGGCAGGCAUUGGGGUAUAUCGAAGAAGAAGGACGCCACCCGCUUCUCCGAACAGGGCUGGAUGCUGGCCUACUACAGCGUCGUUUGGCCACUUGGAAUGUACCUCUAUCGCAACUCGCCACACUUCCUCAGCUUGAAAGGGCUGUGGGCCGAUUGGCCGAAAAGGGAACUUGAUGGGCUGAUGAAGGCCUACAUCCUGAUACAGUGGGCGUAUUGGGUGCAGCAAGUCGUUUCCGUGAACAUUGAGGCCCGCCGCAAAGAUUACUGGGAGAUGAUUGUUCAUCACGCCAUCACCAUCUCCCUCAUCGCCUCAUGCUACGCCUACCAUCAAACCCGAGUCGGCCACCUGAUUUUGAUCCUUAUGGACGUCAUAGAGCUGAUCUUUCCGCUGGCCAAGUGUCUUAAGUACGUCGGCUUCACCACCCUUUGCGACGUGGUGUUUGGUGUGUUCCUCUGCGUGUGGGUCUGUACGCGUCACGUCUUCUAUCUAAUGGUCUGCUGGAGCGUCUACUACGACCUGCCGCGGAGUUUGGAACUGCCGUGCUUCCGAGGUGCUGCGGAAGACGUUGUAGGCCCUCUUCAGCCCCCGGAGCAAGGCUGGUCCCAUCUCGUUGAGCCAUUCGUAGACCCCAAGGGCACAGUUUGCAUGACCAACGGCAUCACGAAGGGGUUCCUGACCUUCCUCCUCGCUCUCGAGGCCGUCAUCUGCGUCUGGUCUUUCCUCAUUAUUCGGGUGACAAUCCGUGUGUUAAAAGGGGCCUCUGCCGAAGACGUCAGGAGCGAUAUCGAGGAGGAGGAAGAGGAGGGGGAGGAGGUGCAAGUUGUGGAAGACGUCGGCGUAGAGUCCAUUGAUUUGAAGGCCUGGGAACGCCGCACCGCCAAAAGGAAAUCCGGCUUGAGGGCGAGUGGCGUCAGUAUUCAUCUUAGCCAAAGUGACCGGAAGGAACUGCUCAACAGAAUCGGCUGUGAGAAGCAGAUUGAGUAACGGAAAAAGAGCAGUGGUUGUUAUUUUCAUUGGGUGAUUAGCCAAAAGUCAUAUAGGGUAUAUACCAUUUAUUAAUUCCGGAGCGUCC